AUGAGUUUGUUUCUCAUCUUGGCUUUUCUGGAUGAGACCUGGUACAAUCUUGAUUUACCUUCAUCUGCCCAACCAUCGCGAGGCCAAGGUUUCCUCUCUAGGCUGCUGCGACUCACUGGCCUAUGGCAGGUGAAGUAUCACUCUGGAUACUUCGAGUCCGUUUAUGAUGCCUACAAGAGAGUCCUCCUCAUCCUGUCGAAACCUGUCAUUCUCCUCGUCCUCGCUGCUUACUUCAUGUGCUUUGCAUGGGCGAUCGGUGUGAAUAUUUCAACCGCCAUCCUCUUUGGUCUUCCUCAGGAAAUGGGAGGCUAUGGCUACAGCUUUACUCAACUAGGAUACCUACACUUUGCUCCAAUCGUCGGCGUUUUCCUGGGCGAGAUAUUUGGUCACUUCUUCAACGACCACCUUACUCGACGCUAUGUCCGAAAGCACAACGGUGUUUUUGAGCCUGAGGCUCGUCUCAUGACCAUCUACAUAUCGGCUGUCCCCAUGAUCGCAGGCCUCGUCCUGAUGGGACAAGCCCUGAAUAAGCAUUUGUCAGUGGCAGCAAUCGUCGUUGGAUGGGGUAUGCAUGCGUUUGCAAUCAUGCUCACGUCUGUCGCCGUGGCUUCAUACCUUUUGGAUGCGUACCCAUCUGCCCCUGCAGAAGUCUGUGGUUUGACCAACGUGUUCCGAGCUUUGAGUGGUUUCAGUGUCGGAUAUUACCAGCAGCCGUGGGGAGCCAAGGUUGGUUACGAUGUAAGCUUUGGGACUCAAGCUUGCAUUGUAGCCGCGAGUAUGAUCCUGAUCGCGAUUGUUCAUCGGUUUGGCCAUCAGCUCCGUUUGAAGUUUGGCCAGGUUCGGUGA